GGAAUGUUAACACUGGCGAAUUGGCAGCAAUUAAAGUAAUAAAAUUGGAACCAGGAGAAGAUUUUGCAGUUGUGCAGCAAGAAAUUAUUAUGAUGAAAGACUGUAAACACCCAAAUAUCGUUGCUUAUUUUGGAAGCUAUCUCAGGAGAGCCGAGGAGACUUCAGAUCUCAUGGUCCUGACUUCUCUGUCUUCAGCUUUACCUUCUGCAGUGGGACCUUCCUCCUCCCCACUCCAAGUGUACUCCGGGUUACUUCACUUACCUUUCCACCUGCAGUGUGCCUUGGAUGUGUACCGCACCUCACCGGUAACUGGACCUCUGUCAGAACUACAAAUUGCGUAUGUUAGCAGAGAAACACUACAGGGAUUAUACUAUCUUCACAGUAGAGGAAAAAUGCACAGAGAUAUAAAGGGUGCUAACAUUCUACUAACGGAUAAUGGUCAUGUGAAAUUAGCUGAUUUUGGAGUGUCUGCACAGAUAACAGCUACGAUUGCCAAACGGAAGUCUUUCAUUGGCACGCCAUAUUGGAUGGCUCCAGAAGUCGCUGCUGUAGAGCGGAAAGGAGGCUACAACCAGCUCUGUGACCUGUGGGCAGUGGGCAUCACCGCCAUCGAACUUGCUGAGCUUCAGCCUCCGAUGUUUGACUUACACCCAAUGAGAGCAUUAUUUCUCAUGACAAAGAGCAAUUUUCAGCCUCCGAAACUAAAGGACAAAAUGAAAUGGUCAAAUAGUUUUCAUCAUUUUGUGAAAAUGGCACUUACCAAGAAUCCAAAAAAAAGACCUACGGCUGAAAAAUUAUUGCAGCACCCCUUUGUCACACAACCUUUGACACGAUCUUUGGCGAUUGAGCUGUUAGACAAAGUGAAUAACCCAGAUCACUCCACCUACCAUUAUUUUGAUGAUGACGAUCCUGAGCCGCUUGCUGCCGUCCCACACAGAAUUCACUCAACCAGUCGGAACGUGAGAGAAGAGAAGACGCGCUCAGAGAUCAACUUUGGUCAAGUAAAAUUUGAUGCGCCCUUACGGAAAGAGACAGAGCCACAUCAUGAACUUCCCAACACUGAUGGUUUUUUGGACAGUUCAGAAGAAAUAUACUACACUGCAAGAUCUAAUCUGGAUCUACAACUCGAAUGUGGGCAAGGACACCAAAGUAGUUACUUUUUAGGUGCAAACAAGAGUCUCCUGAAGUCUGUUGAGGAGGAGCUACAUCAGCGAGGACACGUGGCACAUUUAGAAGAUGACGAAGGGGACGAUGAUGACUCUAAACAUUCAACUAUGAAAGCAAAAAUUCCACCUCCUUUGCCACCAAAGCCUAAGUCCAUCUUUAUGCCACAGGAAACUCAUUCUGCUGAGGAUGAUAAUCAAGGAACAAUCAAGAGGUGUCCCACCUCAGAGAGUCCAGCAAAACCAUCACAAGUUCCACCCAGACCACCCCCUCCCAGAUUACCCUCACAAAAGGCUGUUGUUUUAGGAAAUGGAGUGAGCUCCUUCCAGUUAAAUGGUGACCGAGAUGGCUCCUUACAUCAGCAACAAAAUGAACAGAGAGGCACAAACCUUUCCCGGAAAGAAAAGAAAGACGUACCAAAGCCAAUUAGUAAUGGUCUUCCCCCAACUCCGAAAGUUCAUAUGGGCGCAUGUUUCUCAAAGGUGUUCAAUGGCUGCCCCUUGAAGAUCCACUGUGCCACGUCCUGGGUAAACCCAGACACCCGAGAUCAAUACUUGAUAUUUGGUGCCGAAGAAGGGAUUUAUACCUUGAAUCUUAAUGAACUUCAUGAAACAUCAAUGGAGCAGCUAUUCCCUCGCAGGUGUACAUGGUUAUACGUGAUGAACAAUUGCUUACUAUCAAUAUCUGGUAAAGCAUCUCAGCUCUAUUCCCACAAUUUACCAGGCCUGUUUGAUUACGCAAGACAAAUGCAAAAGUUACCUGUUUCCAUUCCAGCACACAAGCUCCCUGACAGAAUCCUGCCCAGGAAAUUUGCUGUAUCAGCAAAAAUCCCUGAAACCAAGUGGUGUCAGAAGUGUUGUGUUGUGAGAAAUCCUUACACGGGCCAUAAAUACCUAUGUGGGGCACUGCACACUAGCAUUGUGCUAUUAGAAUGGGUUGAACCAAUGCAGAAAUUUAUGUUAAUUAAGCACAUCGAUUUCCCCAUCCCGUGUCCACUCAGGAUGUUUGAGAUGCUGGUGGUCCCAGAACAGGAGCACCCUUUAGUGUGUGUGGGUGUCAGCAGAGGGCGAGACUUCAACCAGGUGGUGCGGUUUGAGACCGUCAAUCCGAAUUCUACCUCUUCGUGGUUUACAGAGUCAGAUAGCCCACAGGCAAGUGUUACUCAUGUAACGCAGUUGGAGAGAGAUACCAUUCUCGUAUGCAUGGACUGUUGUAUAAAAAUAGUAAAUCUCCAAGGAAGAUUAAAAUCCAGCAGAAAGUUAUCAUCAGAACUCACCUUUGAUUUCCAGAUUGAAUCAAUAGUUUGCCUACAAGACAGCGUGCUAGCUUUCUGGAAACAUGGAAUGCAAGGUAGAAGUUUUAGAUCGAAUGAAGUAACUCAAGAGAUUUCAGAUAGCACCAGAAUGUUCAGGCUCCUUGGAUCUGACAGGGUCGUGGUUUUGGAAAGUAGGCCAACUGAUAACCCCACCGCAAAUAGCAAUCUCUACAUCCUGGCGGGUCAUGAAAACAGUUACUGAGCAAUGUGCUCUGCCAGUCACUUGGCACAGAAGCAGCACCACUGCGGCCACCUCGCAGAGGGACACUUGAAGCUGUCCACAGAGCUGCAGUCACUUGGCUUUAGUUUAUUGUGGCAUGAGACGAAGAGGGGGGUGUUUGUUUUAAGUGGUAUGGAUAUAUAUUUAGCAUAUUUGAACCACACAAGUGCUUAACUCAUUGUUAUGUAAUCUUUGUACAUAUAGGCAGUAUUUUCCUGUGAAACUUCAUAUUGCUGAGGACAUACUCUUUAUGUAGAUAAUGUACUUUUAUGAGAUGUACAAGUACGUGUCUUAUCUGUACAGAUGUAAAUGCAGAUGAAAAAUGCAAUUGGGGUUAAUAUUUUAAGAAUUCUUUAGUAUCUUCUUGGGUGUGGUUAUAUGGCAAAAAUGGGAUGCUGGCAAUGAAAACAGUACAUUAAACACUAUUGUAUUUUUAUUAUAUGUAAUUUAGUAAUAUGAAUAUAAAUCUUUUAAAAUGGUAACAGAGGCUGUACUCCUUUUAUAAUCUUGUUUUUAAUUUUAAUGCUAGUACACUGGUGUUUGUAUUUGCACAGAGUAUUCAUGUGUGAUGCAAGAAGUCACAAAAGUAAACUGUGACGUUGUCGAUAUGCAUUUGGCUCCACAACAUCUUUUUUAAAUGUAUUUGGAUUGUUUUCUUUGUGAAACAAACCAAGUAACCACCUGUUGUAGUAACUGGUCUUUCUAUAUUUAAGCAGAAUCCUGUAAGGUUGCUUGUCUGUGCUUGCAAACAAUACCUUUGAAACAAAAUUUGAAUCACAGAAUAGCGGUACCGUGAUGUAACACUGCAAUUAUUGUCUGAAUUACAGUAUACACAACGAAUAAGUUAGCAUUAUUAAAAUUAAAGAUGCUGCACUAAACAUUGUACAUAAUCACAUUGAAGAACUGUAACAUUCCAGAGUGAAGUUGUUCACAUUUCUAGUGGAAUUUUUACUUCUGUUGGCCUUAUUUUGUGAUCAUUUUCCUAUUUCUUUUGAUUUAAAGUAUUAAUACAUGGCCAAAAGAGUUUAGUUACUACCUCAUAAAAACAAGAUAAUGGUUACUACACAUCACAGGAACUUAGUUCUGGUUAAAGUCAUUGUUCAUUGCUGUUUUCCAAUGGAAUAUGUAUGUACAAAGUUUUAGCAAAAUGUGCACUCUGGGCUCUCUUUUGGCAUACGUUCUUUAUAUUUUAAUGUGAGUAUAUACACUAAGAACAAACUAAAUUGUGAUUUCUGGUCUUCAUUUAUUUUAAUUGAUAAUGCUUUUAAAUAUAUUCCUGAUUGUACAUACUGUAAAAUAAACAUGUUUUUUAACAUGC